AUGGGGCCUAAAGCAAUCCCGCCUAGCCUAGCCCCACGUCGGUUGACGAUUACCCUCGAGCAAAAGCGAGCUCUCCGCGCACACAAAAAGCAGCACCCACAGCUUAGCAAUCUCGAUAUCAUGCAGUGGUUCGACGACAUUUACAAGCAGAGAAUCUCCCCUCCCUCCGUCUCUGAAAUUCUCUCAAAGAAAUACGACUACCUAGACGACCUAAAUACCCGCCGCUUACAUCGCAAGCACAACUACAAAGAACGUUGGCCGGAGCUCGAAGAGGCUCUCUUCGCAUGGGCAGAGCAUGAGAUUACUAUCUCAGGGGAGACUAUUCGCCAAAAAGCAGAAUUUCUUUGGGGGAAACUGGACGUGUAUAGAGGGAUCGAGAGGCCAAAAUUUUCUAAUGGCUGGCUCUUCAAAUUCCAACAACGCCGGGGCAUUCAUUCACGCGUUAAAUUUGGAGAGGCAGCUAGUGCACACGAUGGUGCUAUUGAGAUGGACCGUAUCCGCCAAGUCCUUGCCCAAUUUGACCCAAGUGAUAUCUUCAACUGUGAUGAGACUGGUCUUUUCUGGAAACUAGUACCAGACCGGAGUCUUACUACUACGAAUAUCCCAGGUCGGAAGAAGCAGAAGCAAAGAAUUUCGAUCCACUUUUGUACGAAUAUGGAUGGAUCAGUCAAAUUACCACCCUGGAUAAUUGGUACAGCGCAGAAUCCUCAUGUCUUCCGUCGAUCUGGUAUCCGGAUCCAGAACCUUGGGGUAUUCUGGCGAGCCAAUAAGAAGGCUUGGAUGAGUGCCUUGAUAAUGGAAGAAUGGCUACGCUGGUUUGAUGUCCAAAUGGCCCUUCGCAGACGAAAAGUGGCUCUAUUAAUGGACAACUUCUCCGCUCAUGAAGCUGCUAUCUCGACUAUCCAAGAAUCAGGGUGCCCCCUCCAAAAUACCUUUGUUAUCUGGCUCCCACCAAAUUCUACAAGCAGAUACCAGCCACUUGACCAGGGAAUAAUUAGGACGUGGAAGACCUACUGGCGGAGGGACUGGGUACGCUAUAUGCUGGCUGAAUAUAACGCUGCAAGAGAUGCACUAUCAACGAUCAAUCUCAUUUAUGCUAUUCGUUGGACUAUACGAGCAUGGAAUUUCGAUAUAUCAGAGAAGACAAUCGCCAACUGCUUCUCUAAAGCAUUAUCAAUGGGAUCUAGGGAUUUCGAGGAUCAAUCGCUACCUACGAAUGAUAUCAUCGAGGGUAUUCAACAACUACGGGAUCGAUCUCUUAUUCAUGAUGCUAUGAAUAUCGAGGAUUUUCUAAAUCCUGAUGGGGAGAUAGUACAGGACGAUUCUAGUACUGUUGAUGACCUAGUUCUCUCCCAGAUUCAGGGACCGGCUAGCAUUGAAGAGGAAGAUCAGGAUGACGAUGAGGGCCAGGGUAAAGCUCUACCACAGGUCACAGUAUCCCAGGCCUUAGGGGCAAUUCGGACAGCUAGAUUGCGCGAAGAGCAGUCGGAAUCUGGAGAUAUUGAAGCUAUACAGGUCCUUAACCGGCUUGAGAGGAAAUAUUUGACAGAGGAGGUCAUGACAUUCUCGGCACCAGAGCGAUAUACGGAGCUGGUUUAG